AAUGAAAUAAGCUACGAUAUUUUUAUCUGCAGCUUGUCCUUCAACAGAUGUUCAUUUAGCUCGUGUUAUGUAAACAAUAAAGAAUACAAAACCUGAUACUGAAUUCAGAUUUGUUGGGAUUGGAGGACCAUAAAUGGGCCAUGAAGGUUUAGAAACUAUUGGAGUUGAUUAUCAUGAGUUUCAAUAUAAACCUUUCUUUCCAUUUAGAAAUUUUUAUAGAUUGGCGUAUUAAGAUUGAAUUAAUUAUAGGACUGAAAAUGCAAUGCAUCCAGUCCAUAUGUAUAAACGAUGGAUCAAUAAAAAAGUGUUGAAUAAACUUGAUAAGUAAUAUUUUGAAAUAGUACAACAUUAUCAACCAUCUGCAUUUUUAAAUUUUGAAAAUGAAUUCUUUAUGAUUGGAUUUUAUAAGAAAUUAAGAGAAGCAUAUCGUCAUUUCAAUCGUAUAUGUCCACCAACAUUUUAAUAUGGUCUCACUCAUAAAGAUUAACCUUAAUAUGGUUAGAAAUAUGUUGAUCAUUGGUUUACAAGAGCACCAUUAAAAUAAGUAAAAAGGAUUGAAUUAAUAUAAUUUAGAGUAAUUGGGAGAAAUUCACAUUUCCACAUACAUAAGUAGGAUAAGAUGGACUUUAUCGUGCUUUUAGACAUCUCUUAUCUAAUAGUACAUAAUAUAAGGAAUUGGUACAAAAAGAUACUAUAUAUCUUCCAGGAGGUGAAUUCUUUAGAUUUGAUGAUUUUAUUGCAGAUAGAGUGAAUGAAUAAAGAAAAACAUAUAGAUAAUUAAAUAAUAUUGGAGAUUAAGAAUUAUUGAUAUUUGUAGCUGGUGGUAAUACAUCUAAAGAAAUACCUUUUUGUUUAAAAACAGUAGCAGAAGGAAUAUCUAGAUUCUUGAAAUUGGAUGAAAUGAAACAUUAUCCAAAUGAUUAAAUUAAGAUUGUUAUAUCAGUACCUGAAUUCAUUGAACAUAAAGAUCAUACAGUCAAAACUAUUAAUUCAAUUAAAUGGCCUGCUAGAGUUAUUCAGGCUUAAACUGAAUCAGAUAAAUUUUCAGCUAUGGCUGCAUCUGAUAUUGGAUUAGCAUGUAAUGGAUAAAUAGUAGCUGAAUGUGCUGCUUUUCAAUUACCUACUGUAUAUUAUUAUAUAAUUGUUUUUAGAUUAUUCUUGAUCCAAAACCAACUAUAUAGAUGUAUUAUUCAUCUCUCUAUAAUGGAAUUGAUAAUGAUCUGAAUAUUGCCUACAAUGGAAUCGUUUAUCCGUAAUCAUUAUCAAUUAUUAUCUUACUUUAGAGAAUUAGUCAUGUCCACAGUUCCUAAUAAAAUUGCUUAUUCCUUAUUGGAACAUCAUUAAGAUCCAAAAUUAAGAUAUUUCUAUGCUAAAUAAUAUGCUCCAAUUUUAUAAAAGACUUUAGCUAGAAGUUAAGCAUCAAUACCAAUAGAAUUAGUAUUAUUUAUAAUAAAUACAUAGUCUAAUAAAUUCAAUAGUGUUUAAUUAACAGGUUACUCUUCAGCAUAUUAAGUUAUGGCUGACACUGUUUUAAAAGCAUCCUAUGCUUAUGACCAUAUUCAUUCACAAAGCAAUUUUACUACUAUGUAAAAUGAAAAUCUGAGAAUAGAAGCUAUGUAAAGUUUAGGAUGGGCUAAGGGAUUAUGA